AAGAUAUGGACAAAGAAUCAAAUAUAAUUAUCGUUUCGUCGAUGCUCAUUUCUUACAUAACAAGUUCUUAUUAUGGAUGAAGUAUUUCCAUCAGAUUUUCAUUUUAACUUUUUCUCAUCUUCCAAAGAGUUUGGUUAGAUUACUUUUAUUCAAAGUUCAUUUUUAAAUCAAAUUUCUAUUUUAAAAAAUGAAGACUUUCUUGCCUGUAGUGUGUCUUGUUUUAAUUUUUGCUGGAGUUUUCGCCCAGGAACAAAAACCCACCUCCUGCCCAGGCAAUGUAAAGGUGAUGCAAAACUUUGAUGUAAACCAGUAUCUUGGCCUUUGGUUUGAAAUCGAAAAAACUCCUAUGGUAUUUGAAGCUGGACUGAAAUGCAUCACAGCUAACUACACCGAUAAAGGGGAUUAUAUUUCAGUAUUCAACAGAGGAGUUUCUAGAAGGAGUGGACGAGAAAAAACAUCUGAAGGAAAGGCCACAGUUCCGAAUUCCGAUGAACCAGCAAAAUUAAAAGUUCGGUUUGAUAUAUUAUCCUUCUCAUCAGAUUACUGGGUUUUGGAUACCAACUAUGAUGAGUAUACUGUGGUAUAUAGUUGUUUUAACAUGCUGAAAGGUUAUGAAACUGGUACUGAUAUAUUUAUUCAAUCAUUUACUUUGUUUCAACAUUUAUAUGUCUGUGAUUUUUCUGAAAAAUAAAAUAAAAUAAUAAAUUUAGAAACUAUGCUUCUCAAGUGGACUAAAAAGGCGAAAAUAAUUAUACUUAUGACCAGGACCAUUCUGAGUCAAAACACUUAUGAAAUUUUUGGGGCCCCUUGAAGUCUAAGGGACACUGGACGUUAAAAAUGAACUUUUU